GGCCGUGGGCGUCGGGGCUCCGCCCACUUCGCUCGACUAACGUGGAGCAAUCGUGGGUUUCCCAGGUGCGGCGGUCUCAUGGAUCCCAGCGGCCGGUGGCGGAACCUGCCGGGCGGGCCUAGCCUAAAGCAUCUGACCAACCCCUCGUAUAGGAUCCCGCGGGAGCAGCAGAAGGCGGCGUUGCAAGAGCUGACGCGGGCGCACGUGGACUCCUUCAAUUACGCCGUGUGCGAGGGGCUCAGCCAAGCGGUGCAGGCUAUUCCUUCCUUUGAAUUUGCUUUCAAAGAUGAGCGAAUCUCUUUUACUAUUGUGGAUGCUGUCAUCAGUCCACCCACAGUUCCUAAAGGGACCAUUUGCAAAGAGCUCAGUGUUUAUCCAGCAGAAUGCCGAGGCCGAAGGAGUACUUACCGGGGAAAGCUGACAGCCGAUAUCAGCUGGUCGGUGAAUGGAAUCUCAAGAGGAGUCAUUAAGCAGUUUCUUGGCCAUGUUCCCAUCAUGGUGAAGUCCAAGCUUUGCAACUUGCACAACCUUCCUCCAAAGGCCCUCAUUGAACACCAUGAGGAGGCAGAGGAAAUGGGAGGAUAUUUUAUAAUCAAUGGCAUUGAAAAGGUCAUCCGAAUGCUAAUUAUGCCUAGGAGAAAUUUCCCCAUUGCGUUGAUAAGACCAAAGUGGAAAAGCAGAGGGCCAGGUUAUACUCAGUUUGGGGUUUCUAUGCACUGUGUGAGGGGAGACCAUUCUGCUGUCAAUAUGAACCUUCACUAUUUGGAAAAUGGCACAGUUAUGUUAAACUUCAUUUACCGGAAAGAACUGUUUUUUCUUCCUUUGGGAUUUGCUCUUAAGGCACUGGUCAGCUUUUCAGAUUAUCAGAUUUUUCAGGAGCUUGUCAAGGGAAAAGAGGAUGACUCUUUCUUUAGGAACUCUGUUUCUCAGAUGCUAAGGAUCGUAAUGGAAGAGGGUUGUUCCACACAAAAACAGGUCCUUAACUAUCUAGGUGAAUGCUUCAGAGUAAAGCUCAAUCUUCCUGACUGGUACUCAAAUGAACAAGCUACAGAGUUCCUGUUUGACCAGUGUAUCUGCAUCCACUUGAAAUCCAAUAUUGAAAAGCUUCACUUGCUUUGUUUCAUGACCCGGAAGCUCUUUGCUUUAGCCAAAGGAGAGUGUAUGGAGGAGAAUCCUGAUAGUUUAGUAAAUCAAGAAAUCCUUACUCCUGGUCAGCUCUUCCUUAUGUUUCUAAAGGAAAAAAUGGAAGCUUGGUUAAUGUCUAUUAAAAUAGCAUUAGAUAAGAGGGCUCAGAAAACCAAUGUAUCCAUAAACACUGAAAAUUUGAUGAAGAUUUUUAGUAUGGGAGGAGACUUGACAAGACCAUUUGAAUAUCUUCUUGCUACUGGGAAUCUGCGUUCAAAAACAGGUCUUGGCUUCAUGCAAGAUUCUGGACUUUGUGUUGUGGCUGACAAGCUGAACUUCAUUCGCUAUCUCUCCCAUUUCCGCUGUGUGCACAGAGGAGGUGAUUUUGCUAAGAUGAGGACCACCACAGUACGCAGGCUGCUGCCAGAGUCCUGGGGCUUCCUUUGUCCCGUAAACACCCCAGAUGGGGCACCAUGUGGUCUAAUGAACCACCUUACUGCCAUAUGUGAGGUCGUCACACAGUUUGCAUAUACAACGUCUAUUCCAGCUUUGCUCUGCACCUUGGGGGUCAUGCCUGUUGAUGGAACACCACAUUGCCCAUACAGUGAGUGCUAUCCUGUCCUUCUGGAUGGCGUCAUGGUGGGCUGGGUGGACAAGGAGCUUGCUCCUGGCAUCGCAGAUUCUCUCCGUCGUUUUAAGGUGUUAAGAGAAAAAAGAAUUCCUCCCUGGAUGGAAGUGGCUCUUGUCCCCAUCACAGGAAAAUCAAGUCUGUAUCCAGGACUCUUCCUUUUUACCACUCCUUGCAGACUGGUACGCCCUGUGCAGAAUUUGGAAUUAGGCAAAGAAGAACUAAUUGGAACCAUGGAACAGCUCUUCAUGAACAUUGCCAUCUUUGAGGAUGAGGUUUGUGCUGGAGUUAACACGCACCAGGAGCUCUUCCCACACAGCCUGCUGAGUGUGAUCGCCAAUUUUAUCCCCUUCUCUGAUCACAACCAGAGUCCAAGGAACAUGUACCAGUGCCAAAUGAGUAAGCAAACCAUGGGCUUUCCACUUCUCACUUACCAAGACCGAUCAGAUAAUAAACUGUAUCGCCUUCAGACUCCACAAAGCCCCUUAGUAAGACCAUACAUGUAUGACUACUAUGACAUGGAUAACUAUCCAAUUGGGACAAAUGCCAUUGUUGCUGUGAUUUCUUAUACUGGCUAUGAUAUGGAAGAUGCCAUGAUUGUGAAUAAGUCUUCUUGGGAACGUGGCUUUGCCCAUGGAAGUGUCUAUAAGACAGAGUUCAUAAACCUAUCUGAAAAAUUUAAGCAAGGAGCUGACAGUCUGGUGUUUGGAGUCAAACCUGGUGACCCACGUAUCAUGCAGAAGUUAGAUGAUGAUGGACUGCCAUUUAUAGGAGCAAAACUACAAUAUGGAGAUCCACAUUACGGCUACCUAAAUCUCAGCACAGGGGAAAGCUAUGUGGUAUACUAUAAGAGUAAAGAAAAUUGUAUUGUGGAUAACAUCAAAGUGUGUAGUAAUGACUCAGGGAGUGGAAAAUUCAAGUGUAUUUGCAUCACAAUGAGAGUCCCUCGGAACCCAACUAUCGGAGAUAAAUUUGCCAGUCGACAUGGGCAGAAGGGCAUUUUGAGCAGAUUGUGGCCAGCUGAGGACAUGCCUUUUACUGAGAGUGGGAUGGUGCCAGACAUUCUGUUCAAUCCCCACGGUUUUCCAUCUCGUAUGACCAUUGGUAUGUUAAUUGAGAGCAUGGCUGGCAAGUCUGCAGCUUUGCAUGGUCUCUGCCAUGAUGCUACACCCUUCAUCUUCUCUGAGGAGAACUCAGCCUUGGAAUACUUUGGUGAGAUGUUAAAGGCUGCUGGCUACAAUUUCUAUGGCACUGAGAGGUUGUAUAGUGGCAUCAGUGGGGUGGAACUAGAAGCAGACAUAUUCAUAGGUGUGGUUUAUUACCAACGCUUACGUCACAUGGUAUCAGACAAAUUUCAAGUUAGAACAACUGGAGCCAGGGACAAAGUUACCAACCAACCUAUUGGAGGAAGAAACGUCCAAGGAGGAAUCCGUUUUGGGGAGAUGGAACGGGACGCUCUUUUGGCUCAUGGUACAUCUUUUCUGCUUCAUGACCGCCUCUUCAACUGCUCUGAUCGCUCGGUGGCACAUGUGUGUGUGAAGUGUGGCAGUUUACUCUCUCCACUGCUGGAGAAGCCACCCCCUUCUUGGUCUGCCAUGAGAAACAGAAAAUACAACUGCACUGUUUGUAAUCGCAGUGACACUAUUGAUACUGUCUCUGUGCCUUAUGUUUUCCGGUAUUUUGUGGCUGAACUGGCAGCAAUGAACAUCAGAGUGAAACUGGAUGUCAUUUAACUUGAUGCCUGCCUUUUGGGUAGGAAGAUUCAUCAGAUUAAAAUGAAAUAUAACUAGUUCAAUGAAGAUAGUAUGAUUAGGUCACUCUUG